GGUAAAAGACAUGAAGUUCUUGAUUUUGCUGAGUAUACUUUGUAUCUUCUCCCAAGACCUUGUGGAGGUACAGCUUUUAACAGAAACAUAUAACCCUCUUAGGAUUAUAUGCUUCUGCUAUUAAUCAGUAAGUUUGCGCUUUCCGAUGAAUGUUAGUGUUUUGGAUGAUUUAGGACGUUCUCCUUGCGUUUAACUGGUAUCUAAUAAAAAAAUCGCAAACACCUCAAUUAAUUAUUUUUUCUCGUUGUGGUUUGUUCUUCCUUUUUUUGCCGUUCAAGAGCGUAUUCACAUGACGUCAAGGCGGCCAUAUUGGUGUUCCAAACAAAUCCUGUGGGAGUUGGACUCUUUUCUUAUGUAAGAAAUUCUUUACUUCCCAAAAAUGUCCAUAGAUGCUCGCCACGUGAGUGAAUACGCUCUCCCCACGUUCCCAUAAAUUGCAUAGAUACUGAACACGUGCGUGAAUAAGCUCUCUUUUGUUCUCAUAAAUGGCAUAUAUAGAUGCUGGACACGUGAAUGAAUACGCUCUUUAUCGGGUAAUUUGAAUUACACUUUUUGUGUAACUUUCUGUUUGUUUGUUUGUUUGUUUGUUUGUAUGUUUGGUUUUUUGUUUGUUUGUUGUUGUUGUUGUUGUUUUUUAGGGGCAACAGAGAACACUAGUUUUCCCAAUACUGUCAAAAUCCGUUAAUAAAGCACCUUUGAGAUUCCAAUACUUCAAAAGCUGUCCAGAUGUUUAUUGAGGCGAGGCUUGGUACAAAAAAGUUUUAUCAUUUAACAUUCUUUUUGAAGAAUCUAACACAGUUACUUCUUUUUAUUUUGGAUGCACUCAGGUCACAGGCAGAGAAUUGGAGCGUAAGUUAUGUUUUUUGUCUUCUGAAACAUAUAUGGAACAUUUAUGAAAAUCCCACUAACAAAUCCCAACACACCUCUGUGGUCUAGAGAUCGUAAAACCACAUUUGCACUGAGUAAAUUUGGUGUAAACCAAAUUUUUCACACAGCCAGCAUUUUUACGUCGCACUAAGUGUGAUCUAAUUGUAGUGUCCAACUUGAAAACAAAUCGUAUGCCAUGCUGUUGUAGGCAACGACGAACUGCUUCAGGUGACCCUUAACUGUAUGGCAGAAUCGUAGAUUGUAGAUUUAAUUUCGGUUGUAGGUUCUUUAUCAGAUGUCUGGUUCCUGGAUUAUUAAUGUUAGCAACAAACGAAUAGGGGUAUAAGAUAUUUAGAAAUUUCGCUUUUACAGGUUUGUUCGUUUGUUGGUUACUUGUUGGUUUUUCUUUCACAUAGAUUGUCCCAAAUGCAAACCUCAAGUGCAGUGUGUUGUGGAUCCUUGCAGGUUUAACCCUUGUGGAGGGCCAGCAAUUUCUAGGCUCCUGGAAAGGAGGAAUACAGUGUGCAAGCCUUGCUUCUGUUUUGGCUGUGACUUCAUUUGUGAGCAGCAACUAAAAGGAUAACGCGCACGCGUGCUUUUUUGGCACUGCGGACCAGCCACAAUCACAG